AUGCGCCGCAAGAAGCACUUGGACCGGGGUGGCGGCGGCGGCGGCGGAGGUGGCACGGAGCUCUUCAUCUGCUUCACCUCCCGCCCCUCCGCUGCCUCCGCCGCUUCCGUCGCCGGCGGCAGCGCGCAGUCUUCCCUCCGCCCCUCCAGCUCCUCCAAGCUCCUCAGCCCCGGCCGCGGCAGUGCCAGCGCAAGCGGAGCUGAGGCAGUGCCAGCCCCGCCUCUGCACCCCUCACUUAGCCGCCGCCUCCGCAACAGCGGCAGCCUCAAGGGCGGCCAGUCCCCAAUGUUCCCGUCCGGGUCCACCGGCGGUGGCCGCCGCGGCCGGGGCGGAUUCGAACCUGCCGAGCCGUCCUCCCCCAAGGUCACCUGCAUCGGCCAGGUCCGCGUCAAGGGCGGUAAGCGCAAGCCCAAGCACGCCUCCGCCGCCGCGCUGCGCUCCCGCUCUAGGCGCGGCGGAGUCGGUGGAGGCGGUAGCGCGGAGGUCAGCUUCCGCCGCUCCGGCGACGACCGGGACGGGCCCCAGGGCAAGAACCAGGGCUGGGUGUACCAGAUCCCGGUCAACAUCUGCGAGGCACUCAAGACAUUUGGCUCCUGCGGCGGUCGCUCGCUCUGCUCGCCGUCUCGGCCUGGCGGAGCAGGCGAGCGGGGCGCGCUCUCCGCCGACGCACACCGUGGUAAGAAGCGGCGGCAGGGCGCUCCUGCUGGGGGUAGCUGGCUGUGCGGUGCUGCCGUGGCGAGGUGCCUCCUGGCGAUCCAGGAGGAGGAGGAGGACGAGGUCGGCAAGGGAGCCGCCGUUGUGCCUGCAGAAGAGAUGAGGGCAUCGGAAGUGGGGCUCGUCAUGGAAGGGUGGGAUGUCGAGGAGGAGAAGGCUGUGAUGGUGGGGGAGGUGGAGGUGGAGAAGAAAGAUGAGAUCUUGGUGGUGGGGAAGGAAGAAGAGGGGAGGGUGAGCGUCUGCAUCCCCCCGAGGAAUGCACUGCUGCUAAUGCGCUGCCGGUCAGACCCAGUUCGCAUGGCUGCUCUUGCCACCCGCUUCUGGGGGUCUCCAGCUGCAGCUACCGUGGAGCAGGUGGACAAUGAGGUGGCUGAGUGCCUCAACGACAAUGAGGAAGAAGAGGAAGAGGAAGAGGCGGCUGAGGCUGAGGCGGAGGCUGAGCCAGUGGAGUGCAAAGAUGAAGUUCGCAGUUCAGCUGUUUCUGUCAAAGAUUUGAAAUGUGAAGAGUGUGGUUGUGAUGAAAAUGAUGGCGCUGAAGCAGGGAAGAUAGAUCAAGCAAAAACAGAAGCUGAAGAGAGUUCUAAAUGUGGAGAUCUUGUGGAAGAAAAGGAGGAUGCAUCCUGCAGAGUAGUAGGGGUAGAGGAAGCACAGAUUGUUCGGAAAGAUGCCGGUUUGGAGGUUCCUUUGGGAGAAGUUACAGAGAGGGAAAAACAAGGGCCAGACAUGGUGGAGCUGGUGGCCAGUGAGGAAGAAGUUCCAGCACAAGAGAUAGUUGAGGAAGAGAUGAAGGGGAGGAGGUCAAUCAGCAGCUAUUCUCCCUCAGCAGCUCUGAAGGAGGAUCGCACCAAAUUGCGACGGUUGAGUAGCAGGAGGCGUGUUAGCACUAGCAGCAGGGCCUCAUCGUCCAGUGAUAAGGUUGGCAGGCGGCACAGCUUCUCAGCCGAGACGGAGGCACGGCGGUCUAACUUCUCGAGCUUGAAGGAUUCAAGGAGAGCUAGUUUCUCCAUUGAUAGAGAUGGCCGGAGGUGGAGCUUCUCGAUUGAACAGGAGCAUCUCGUUGCGGAGCCUAAGGUGCUGAUGGCAUCCAGAAAGGGGAAGAAGACUUCUUCUGAGGCAGAGUCAGAGAAAGAUUGUGAUGUUGCUCCAAACAGUGCAGAGGAAGGACAAGAAUCCUACGACGAUGGGAAGGAAGAAGAAACUACUGAGAAUGUAGAGGAAGAAGGAAAAACACAGUAUGAGGAAACGAACCAGGAAGUAGAGAAAGUAGAAACUAGAGCAGAAGAGUGUGAAGGUGGGGCAGGACCAGUGAUACAGAGGAGGAAGAAGAGUGGCGAGUUACCAGAUUGCCUCCUGUUGAUGAUGUAUGAGCCAAAGCUCUCCAUGGAGGUCUCCAAGGAAACAUGGGUCUGCAGCACCGACUUUGUCCAUUGGAAGUCUUACCAGGGCAAGAAUAACCGCAAUCACCGGCAACAGAAGGCUUCUGUUACUGGAACAGUGGAGCCUGAAAAAAAGGAGAAUGCUGAAGGCACCACCAUUGUGAACGAUGUACAAGAGAGCAAAGAUCCAUCGACGGUCAACUCAGCUGUGCCCAUGCCAUGUCCAGUUACCCAGAAGACACCACCACUCAAACCAGCUACAACAGAACAGAAGCUGAAGCUGGAGGUGCUGCCGGUCACCAAUGCGGCAGCCUACGCCCCGUUCGUUCUGAAAAGGUGCAAGUCGGAGCCGAUGCGAUCAUCAGCGCGGUUGGCGCCUGACGCUUGCUUCUGGAAGGACCGCCAUCGGCCGCUGAACGCAACUGGAGUCGGGUUCUGA